UUCCCCCGGGGUGUGGAGGUCCUGACCCCCCGGUCCAGCUCCGGGUUAAACCAUGGCCAAUGAACCUGUCCUCCUCAACGUGUACGACAUGUACUGGAUAAACGAGUACACUUCCAAUCUGGGUAUUGGAGUCUUCCACUCAGGCAUCGAGAUUUAUGGCAGAGAGUUUGCAUACGGGGGUCAUCCGUACCCUUUCAGCGGAAUCUUCGAAAUCAGCCCCGGCAACGCUGCGGAGCUCGGAGAGACGUUCAAGUUCAAGGAGGCCAUUGUUUUAGGCACCACAGACUUCAGAGAGGAGGACAUGGAUAAAAUCAUGGAGGAGCUCGGGAAAGAGUUCAAAGGGAACGCCUACCAUCUAAUGCACAAGAACUGCAACCACUUCUCCUCCUCGCUCUCUGAGCUGCUGUGUGGAAGGGAAACCCCCCGCUGGGUGAACAGACUGGCGUACUUCAGCUCCUGCAUCCCCUUCCUGCAGAGCUGCCUGCCCAAGGAGUGGUUGACCCCGGCCGCCCUGCAGACCCACAUCAGCCUCGGCCUCCACAAGGAGGACCAGAACGGGUCCAGCGACGAGGACGCAGCGUCCCCGUCCGGGCCGGGUGCCACCGGCUCGGGCUCCUCCCACAGCUGUCGCCACACGAGGGUGUGAACUGACUCCCACCCGCCCUCCACACACACACAAACACACACACACACUCAUACACACUGA